GAGACCGUUUGGAGAAGAUGGCGGAGUCGCUGUCGUCUGGUCCCGGAGAGGAGAAGGAGAAGGAGACGGAGGACAGGGAGCGGGACGGCAGCGCUACCACGGCCGAGAAGAGCACGGCGAGCGACGGGUCCACGGAGACGCAGGGGCUCCGCGACGAAAAUGGCGGCAGCGUGGGCAAGAGACGGAACCUGUCAGACCUGUCGCUGGUCAGGUUUAUAACUACCGAGCUCACCAGAGGCUAUUUCCUGGAACACAAUGAGGCCAAAUACACGGAGCGCAGAGAGCGGGUCUACACCUGCCUGCGUAUCCCCAAAGAGCUGGAGAAGUUGAUGACAUUCGGCUUCUUCCUGUGUCUGGACGCCUUUCUCUACGUGUUCACGCUGUUGCCCCUCAGAGUUAUUCUGGCCCUUUUACGGCUCCUCACGUUGCCAUGCUGUGGCGUCAGUGGCUCCCGCCUGCUGCAGCCAGCACAGGUAUGUGAUGUCCUGAAAGGCUUCAUCAUGGUGUUGUGUUACUCAAUGAUGAGCUACGUGGAUUACGCUAUGAUGUACCACCUCAUCAGGGGACAGUCGGUCAUCAAACUGUACAUCAUCUACAACAUGUUAGAGGUGGCGGAUCGCCUGUUCUCCUCAUUUGGUCAGGACAUCCUGGACGCUCUGUACUGGACGGCCACUGAACCCAAGGAGAAGAAGAGAGCGCACAUAGGGGUGAUUCCUCACUUCCUCAUGGCCGUGCUCUACGUCUUUCUUCACGCCAUCCUCAUCAUGGUUCAGGCCACAACUCUCAAUGUAGCCUUCAACUCCCACAACAAGUCUCUGCUCACCAUCAUGAUGUCAAACAACUUUGUGGAGAUCAAGGGGAGUGUGUUUAAGAAGUUUGAAAAGAACAACCUUUUCCAGAUGUCUAACAGUGACAUAAAAGAGAGGUUCACCAACUACAUCCUCCUGCUCAUCGUUUGUCUGAGAAACAUGGAGCAGUUUUCAUGGAACCCUGACCACCUGUGGGUGCUGUUUCCUGAUGUGGUCAUGGUGAUAGCAUCAGAAGUUGCGGUGGAUGUUGUGAAGCACGCGUUCAUCACCAAGUUCAACGACAUCAGCGCUGAUGUAUACGGAGAAUACCGAGCCAGCCUUGCCUUUGACCUCGUCAGCAGUCGACAGAAAAAUGCUUACACAGACUACAGUGACUCAGUGUCCAGGAGAAUGGGCUUCAUCCCGCUUCCCUUAGCUCUGCUGUUGAUCAGAGUAGUGACGAGCUCGGUUAAAAUCCAGGGUUCUCUCUCCUUUAUGUGUGUGUUGCUGUUUUACUUGGGGAUGAUCACUCUGAAGGUGCUCAACAGUAUCGUUCUGCUGGGGACGUCGUGUAUGUUUGUCAAAGCGGCCAAUAUGGAAGAGAAGCUCUUCAACCCUCCACCGUCUGCCACCUCCAGCCGAGUGAACUCCAGAGCUAACCGCACCAAACACGUUAACACGCCGGCACAGCAAGCAGAAUCCACUGCAGACAAGGGAGGAACCCCACUGGCAUCAGACAACCCUCAGCCCAACACCACUGCUGAGAGCUCGGCCCCCACCCUUCCCAAGAGCGACUCGGACACAUUUCUUACGACGCCCGACGAAGAGGAUGAUGACAAGAUCAUCAACACCGACACAGGACUGGAAGGAGAUGGACUCAAACCCAGAACGCCCAAGAAAGACUUGCUGGAGAUCGACCGCUUCACCAUCUGUGGCAACAGAAUAGACUGACGGCCACAGAAACAAGCCAGUGUCCCGGAAACACAGCGAGGUUCAAGGAUCAGACACGGGUCAUGGAGCGCGCUCAGAGCGGACUUACCCUCGUGCACCUGACCCCAGGAGUAUUUAUUUAUUUAUUACUGAAUACAAACCAGCCAUGGCAUCAAGCUGUUACUACAAGCAACAGAGGCUGCUUCAGAUGUUUCCAGCUGGUCCAGUUCCAUUUCAGGUAGACUCUGAGGAUGAGUCGCAGUCCUCAGGACAACCUCCAGAAAUGGUCGAUGGUGACAGCAAUGCAGAGAAGUGGCGUGCGCGGCUGGCGUCCAGCCUGUUUGAGGCGGUAGGGACGUGACAGCUGGACUGUGCGAGCGCGUGUUCAAAAGCACAAUCCCAAAAAUCGGGCGAGGAGUCGUUUUUAGACUGAACUAAAAAAAAGUGUAAAUUUUUCAAUUUUUUUAUUUUCAGAUGUUUGACAAAUUAUCAUAUUUCAAAUGAAGUUUUUAUGAAAAGUCUCAGACCUUAUUCCUAAAAUCAACCGUGCUUAGCUGCAGGAUUAAGACUCAUCAUCACGUUAUCACAUUGUGCAAAUCAUAAAGUUGAUCUGCUGACACCAGCACUCAUUUUUAUUUGAAUUGAGUUUUUGUGAUGAGCCCAGAUGUUCAUCUCGAUAAUGAUGGCAUCAGCAGCUUCAGGUUACACAGUCUGGACACAGCCCGCAGUCGAUGGGUUCAGCAGAUAUUUCUAUUUAAAGAGAUUUUUUUUAAUUUUCCAGUACAGUCCCUGUGUAAGCUCAUCGCUCAAGCAUGCAGCCUCGAAUAAUCAUGUCAUCAACAUCAGCUUAGAGCAAUUUCUAUAUUGGAAACAGUGAACCUACAGAAAUGUCUCGGUGAAGUGCGACCGUGUGCUUGGUCUCAGUUAAAAUUCAUGGUGUGUGACACCAGCCUCAAUUGAACAUAUAUUUCCUUUUUUCACUGUUAUCUUCAGAGUGGUUUGAAAAGUAAAAAUGACAUGUAUGCAUGUAAAGCUGUCAAAUCUAGACAAUAAGAAACAGGAUGGAGGAAUCAUGUGAAAGAAGUCAACUCAGCUGUUUUCAUCUUUCAUAGAGCUGUGCAAAAUUGCAGAUUGGUGCCCUAAAGGUUGUUGUUGGUAUUGUUUGAUGUGGUGAUGCUGGCUUUGAAUUUGAGAAGAGGCUCUUAGGAAACAUCUAUGUUCCAAAAGAAGUCUGACUGUUAAUGCUGUGAAAACUUGCUGCGCUGUGUAAUCAAUUAUGUGUAUCCAACAACUCUCUCUGCUCUGAAGUACCGGACAAAUGUUAAGUUCACCCAGUCUCCGGUUUUUGCCUCUCAUGUAUCAUUGUAACAAACAAACUAAAAUGGAAAAAAGACGCCAGCAGAUGAGAAACUGAAACUUGUGUUGCUGAAUAACGAUUUUUUAAACAAUUUUCAAGUUGCAGCUCUAAAACAUCCUUCCUCAAUUUUUACAUAAGCAAUAGUAACGUUUUAUUAAUAGUUCUACACUUGUUGCCUACGUUGCUGUUAUACACAGUUUGUAUACAAAAUAUUGUGUCUACAUUUUCUGAAGAUGAUCUUCCUGUUACCAGGGAUGAAUAAGAGUUGCUACUUCUGUCUGUCUAAGGAGAGGGAUGUAGAGAGGGUUGAUUCUCCUCACCCAAGUCGAGGGGAAAUAGUUGUCACCCAUUGUUAAGCCAUAUGAGGUAAAAUUUUGAUUUGCUAUACAAGUAACAUUUGAAAAUAGAUAAUAAAUGUCUUGCAAAGCCUCAAAUCUUGGUGUUAGAUCAAAACCUCUUAACCAAGGAACAAAUUCUUUAGGAAUUAGUUUCCCACCUCAGACUUGUCAUCAGGCUAUAUGUAUGUUGAUAAAACUCGACAUUGUGCAGGAUUCUUUAUCAUGUUGUGGAUUUAAUCCUAAAUCUUCUUUACGAACCUGAGAGGAGAAUAUUGUUACUGCGUUGCUCGGCAUUUAUCCUUCAGGAGAAUGUAGUCUUACCUCAGCUGUGACUCAAAUGUGCUGGUUGUUCAUGAGAGGCACAAACCUGAGAUCAGUCCAACCUCUCAACGGGGGGACAUUCAAUACAGGAACAUAACUGCAUAUUUACAAAUGAAGGAUCAAGAGUGUGUAUGAGUCAUGAUGGCGUGAAGUGUGUUUGCGUGUGUGUGAUUGCAGUGCAUGAAUGGUUCUGACUACUUGAUGUAUGAAUUGGAUCAGAUCACUAUCCAUCUGUGUAAAGCAUCUCCUCAAUUGAUAGAAGGAGAAUAAAAUCAUUUUUUUUCUAA